AUGGCCGACAACUUUAUGAAAGGAGCUGUCUACUUUCCAAAAGCAAAAGCAGACGGCAUCUUCAAGAUCAGCCGUCCACUUGUAAACAUCCGUGCAUAUAGAACCAAUGCUGCAUAUACGUCUCUGGUAUCCUUCCUUAUGAAUCCAAUCCAAGAAAAAAUGCAAGGUAAUUCAGGACACUACGCUAUCGAUCAUCAGUAUGAUUUCGCUUUUGAUGCUGCUAACAAUCCUUUGAUGAUGGAUUGGAUGUGGAGCGAAAUGAGCGGUGGAUUUGGAUUAAGUACCCAAUUAUUUGGGAGAACUGAGAACCAGGAAUUGUUGUUAUGUGACAACAAUCAAGAAAGGAUAAUGACUAAUGAUCGUGUUGAGGAAAAAGGGAAGCAAAAAAUGUUGUCUCGAGAAGCAAUUUCAAAGUACUUUUACAUGCCAAUAAUUCAAGCAACCAAGGAACUCAAUAUUGGGGUGACAUUUUUGAAGAUAAGAUGUAGGGAUUUGGGGAUUCGAAGGUGGCCACAUAGGAAGUUAAUGAGUCUUCAAACACUAAUCAAGAAUGUUAAGGAAUUGAAGAGGGGGGAAGGAAAUGGUAUGGAACAAAAGUGGAAGGAUGUGAUAGAUUCAUUAGAGGAAGAGAAGAAAAGGAUGGAAGAAAUUCCGUAUACAUGGAACUUGAGGAGAAAACAAAGAGAUUAA